AUGUGCGAAAAUCAUCCUGCCGUCCGUCAUGCUGUAAUUGCUAUGAGUGCAUGGCAUACCCAUUUGGAACGAAUUCCAGCAAGCCAAAAAGAACACCCAGAUUCCUGUCUGGCUCUUCGUCAUUCUACGAAAGCCAUUGCUUGCCUCCGGGAAAGUCUCGCUCGAGAAAUUCUAACUCCAAACAGCUCAAGCCUCACCCACAAGAAAGUAAUGCUAGUGACAUGCUUGGCUUUUACCGUGCUUGCUCUAUUCCAAGGAGAUCUCUUUUCUGCUCGCAAUCAUCUUGUCUCCGGUUAUAAGAUUUUCAAAGAAUGGAAUGUUCAGGAAGAUAAAGAUUUUACUGGGGUGGCCCUGGGACAGGCUUUUGCACAGAUCCACGUUCACUGGUUUUUCUGCUCUCAUCCCGAGAUAUUCCUCGAGGGUUCUGAACUUAUUGAUGGCGAGAAUUGGAUAUGCCCGAACACUACAGCCGCUCCAUCAAAGAUUACUCCACAUCUCUUUUCGGGUGUUGAUCAGAUGGAUAGCGUCCAAAAAUUCAGAUUCCUGGUCUCGGAUUUAAUACUGAAUUACACCACCUGCGAGUUUGAGAUUGGACCAGCAAGCUCCGUCGGCCGCGGCGCAGCAGCAGUUUUGACCAAGCUUCGACUCUGUAGAAGUCGUCUCACGGGCACCCUCGUCGAAUUGGGUGGUCUUGCGCCAGAGGACUGCGAUAACCUCAAAGCCUGCUCAUUAUGGAUCGGUAUCAUUGAGAUUAAGCUGGCUGUCGCCGAGAGCCCAAAUCCAGAUGAGAUGGCUUAUGAUGACCACUUGGAGCAGUUCCAGCAUAUCACAGAUAUUGCACGGAUUCUGGCAGACUCAGCUACGGGCUCAAGUGAGACUGAUUUUUCGCCGUUCAGUUACAGGUACUCAGUUUUGCCUGCGCUCUUGUGGUCUGCGGCCAAAUGUCGCGAUGAGAAGGUCCGUCGUGACAUGUGUUCUAUAAUGCACAAGCGACCAGGGGAUGACUACUGGGUAUCUGCGACAACCGUGGCCUUGAAGAGACUGAUUGAUGUGGAGUCAAUUGAAGUUAAGCCCGGGGAAAUCAUUCCUGUAUCUGCUCGGGCUUACUGGGUCAACGUGGAGAUCCAAUCCGAGAAAUCCAGAGUUGAGCUACGGUAUCGCAGGCCUCAAUACGUGUCACAAUCGAAACAUGAUGGUGAUAAAUGGGAACGCGACUCAGCGAAAUACUAA